CGCCGGAGUUCUGUUAACACUAAUACAAGCGCGUUUUUUCGGGUAAUGAGUCAGGUUUUUCUGGUUCUAUUUUGUCAAAUUUUUGUCCACUUCCUAGAGGUAAGUUAAAAUUACAACGUACAAUUUAUAGUUUUAGCGUACGAUAUAUUAAACAUAUUAAAAUAAGGCUGUUACGUUUGAAAGUGAAAGUGAAAGACAACACGGGGAGAUUUGUUGAGAAAAAAUGAUACAAAAUUUGGGCGAUUGUCAGUUUAUCUUUAAAUAUAUGGUGACGCGAGGUUAUGUUUAAUAUAAUCACGUCCUUUUACGCAUACAGUAGUUGUGGAAAAUAUCCCUGCCGUAGGACCUAUAGCGACUACUGUGAUUUAUAAAGUAGCUUGGAUAUUUAGUUAUUGAAAGAACGACGAAAAAUUUGCACUUCACACACGACGUAUAAUGAUGUAGGAUGCCUGGAAGUAACGUUAACGGAACUGUGCCAGACGAAACGCCUGGAAAAUUUGUACAAUUUAAUAUAGGGGGCUAACUUGGAAUGACUAUAAUACCUCCUUCUGUUUGAAACACGCCCAUCUGCAACUCACUGAAACUGAUUUCCUUUCUUUCUUCAGGGAACUUCAUUAACAAAACCAUUUAAGGAUAUUUGCCGCUGUUAUUCCUCUAUAAAAUGUUUCCAAUUUUAUUUGGUGUUAUAAUUUACCUGCUGGAAUUGGCAUUGAACUUGAAUGCAUUUAUGCAACAUGCAUUAAACACCAGUUCAGAAAGUGCGUUUGGAAUUUUAGGAAUCCUGAUUAUUUCUACAUUGCUUGUCAAUAUUGUAGCAAUUGUAAACCGUGCUGGCAAGAUCUCGCCGUGUUUCUAUGGAAUGGCCUUUGUCAUUCAAGGGUGCGUCAUUCUACGUUAUUUUGAAGAAUGGCGAGAGGGCGAAGACGAGGACAGAAGGAAUCGGAAACUUAUUCGACUGCGUUUUUCCCAAGCUCUUCUUAACUCAGCACCUCAGUGUAUUGUACAAUUUUAUAUUAUGGUAGAGUUAUGGAGUCUUCCUUCCUACGCUGUUGCAUCGCUUGCCGUGUCUUUUAUCUCGUUAUUAUGGGGUUUUGCUUCUGUUACACCCUCAGACUACUUACUGGGUACCUCUGAAGAGGACGAUCAACCUUCCCAACCGUUAACUUUUUGUUCAAGUGUUUUAUUUAUCGGCCAGGUCGGAUUCCUGAUUUCAAGACUUGUUCUGUUUUCUUUCUUUGCUUAUUCUUUCAGACAUUAUUUGCUCUUCGUUUUCAGUGUUCGAAUGAUCGUAGUUCAUUUCUUUGCCUAUGGUCUCGCUCUAUAUUUCGUAUUUUGUCAUUUCUGCAUUCAAUGCUCCGACUGUUGCAGAGAUAUUAAAACGCUUGCCUUCUCUGUCUGGAAUAAAACCAUAACCCUCUUGGUGUCCAUUUUUGACGUCACGAUAUGUUACCAUGGUUACGCUUGGUUUAUUAUAUUACAUUUCCUGGAAAAUAUCGCAAUGUUCUGUGUACAAAUGUGGGCUGAUCCAAUAUGUUCUGAUAACAUUGGGACUCUUAGGUUUCUUACUUUGUGUGUUGUAUUGGGAGGUUUUGGCGUUGGUUGUGUUUUCAGUGGUGUUGUGCAGUGUUGUUGUAUCGACGAUGACGAGCCAAUCGAAACUUAUUCACGAUCAUCAAAUGUACCCCGCUAUCCGUCUGUGGCAACAACACGUGUCCGUGAAGAUCCAUCGCCACCCCCUGCCACGGCUUACGUCAUUAAAACAGAGCGGAUUUUUAUGCAAGGACCGUCGCACGAAGCUAUCGUGGAAAAAACAGAAGUUAUUGAAAUUAAACGUUAAAACAUUUGCUUGAAACCUUCCUUGAAACGUUUUUUUUUUAUUUGAAAACAUUGCACAUAAUUGUACAAUCACCAUAUAUAGACUGAGUAUGAAGAAACGCUUGCAAACAAUUUUAUUUUGUUUAACACUUUUAUUUGCUUAUAUACCUUUCACAUUGUAAGAAACUAAAUUAGCAUUUCUCACGCCGCCAUUUUUGGGUGGCUUUGCAACCGGAGUCUGCGAGAUAAGUCCACGUAACAGCGACUUUUUCAAAUUUUUUGGACGAAUGAUGGUAAAUUUGCUUUGCAAAUGGUUAGUUUAUUUUGAAAAAGUGCUUUUCACAUUAGGCCAUUUAUACGAGACAAAAUAAGACGCGACUUACAUAAGACGCGACUUAAAUAAGA